CCUGUCCGUGCUAGGGUUUCUAGGGUUUUUCUCUUGCUUGCUCCUCUUCUUCGGCGGCGGAGAGGCAGCGAUCGAGACGAUGACCGGUGACAAGAAGCAGGAAGGCAUCAACCUCGCCGAUCUUGGCUCGGUCCUCCCCGCCAACGCGCCAGAGCUUAGCGCGGAGGAUCGAGCGAACCUUGUUAAUUCUCUAAAGAACAAGUUGCAGAGCUUGGUGGGGCAGCAGACUGAUGUGCUUGAGAGCUUGUCGCCCAUUGUAAGGAAGCGUGUUGAGGUCCUACGAGAGAUUCAGAGUCAGCAUGACGAGUUUGAAGCUAAGUUCUUCGAGGAAAGAGCUGCCCUUGAAGCUAAGUAUCAGAAACUUUAUGAACCAUUAUAUGGCAAGCGGUAUGAAAUUGUGAAUGGUGAGGUUGAAGUGGAAUGUGUUGAAUCUGAAACUACAGAAGGAACAGUUGCUGCAGAUAAUGCAAUUGAAGUGAAAGGAGUCCCUGAUUUUUGGUUGACUGCCAUGAAAAAUCAUGAACUGCUAGCUGAGGAGAUCCAAGAACGCGAUGAGGCUGCACUGAAGUAUUUAAAAGAUAUCAAGUGGUACAGGAUAGAAAAUCCAAAGGGUUUCAAGCUUGAAUUCUUCUUUGACACAAACCCUUUCUUCAAGAACUCUAUCUUGACAAAAAUUUAUCACAUGAUUGAUGAUGAUGAUGAGCCCAUUUUGGAGAAAGCAAUUGGGACUGAGAUAGACUGGUAUCCAGAGAAGUGCUUAACCCAGAAGAUUCUGAGAAAGAAGCCAAAGAAAGGAUCAAAGAAUGCCAAGCCCAUCACAAAAACUGAACAAUGUGAAAGUUUCUUUAAUUUCUUCAACCCUCCUGAAGUUCCCGAAGAUGAUCACGAUAUUGAUGUUGACACUGCUGAUCAACUACAGAGUCAAAUGGAGCAAGAUUAUGAUAUUGGUUCCACUAUUAGAGACAAGAUAAUACCUCAUGCUGUUUCAUGGUUCACUGGUGAAGCUGUUGAAGGUGUUGAACUUGAGAACAUGGAUGAUGAUGAUGAGGAAGAUGAUGAUGAUGAAGAUGAAGUUAUUGAAGAGGAUGAUGAAGAAUCAGAAGAUGAAGACGAAGAGGUAGAGGAGCAACCUAAAGCUGGGAAGAAGAAGACAGGAGGAACCCGAGCUGGACGAAGUCAUCAGGCUGAUCAACCAGCUGAGUGCAAGCAGCAGUAACUUAUUUCUUCAGUAUCCAGUAUCGGUGGUGUUUCGUGCUGCGAGAAGUAUCUUCUAGUCUGGCUGAAGAUAUAAGUUAUUUUUAGAUUGGGAAUGGGUGUUAAAGUUUUGGUGUCGUGAUUUUCAGCAUGUAUUAUUUUUGUUAUUUCUUCAUUCAUAUUAUUCGUGUUACAACACAUGGGCUUGGCUUAAAUUUGUCUAAACAUGAACAACACUUGUUUGCUUAAACAGCCACCCAGUUGGCUAUAGUGUUUUUGAAAGUUAUUUCAAGGUAAUCUCUAUUGUGAUGUUUAAAAUUAGAUUA